AUGGCUGGGAGAAAUAAGCGAGAACGACUCCUUACUGAGGCCUUGAACAACUUGGUGCAAGUUAUGGCCAAUCAGGGAGGCGGUGGAGGAGCAACUAUGUACCAUGGUUUAGAUCGCUUUCAGAGGAACAACCCACCUACCUUCAAAGGGGGUUAUGAUCCUGAGGUUGCUGAGGCUUGGCUGAGGCAGAUUGAGAAGAUCUUCCGGGUGAUGGAAUGUCUAGACCAUCAGAAGGUGUUGUUUGCUCCUCACAUGCUAGCAGAUGAGGCGGAGUAUUGGUGGGAGAACACUUGCCCACGUUUGGAGGGAGCAGGUGGUGCUGUUGUCCCAUGGGGAACCUUCAGACAAAAUUUUCUGGAGAAGUAUUUUCUAGAAGAUGUGAAGAAUAGGAAGGAGAUGGAGUUCCUUGAGCUAAAACAAGGGAGUAUGAUGGUGGCAGAGUAUGCAGUGAAGUUUGAGAACCUUGUAAGGUAUUUUCCUCAUUAUCAGGGGGAAGCUGGGGAAAGGUCCAAAUGCGUGAAAUUUUUCAAUGGCCUUCGACCAAAAGUAAAAAUGAUGGUAAAUUAUCACGGUAUUCACAACUUUGCACAAUUGACUAACAUGUGUAGAAUCUUUGAUGAAGAUCAGUGGGAGAAGGCUGCUUUUUACAAGAAUGCCAAUGCUAGUCAUGGGAAAGAGAAGAAGCCGAUGACUCACAGUCAUGCUAAGCCAUAUUCUGCCCCUCCUGGGAAAUAUGGUAACCAUUCUGGAGGACAAAGGACUAGUGGAAGACAUCACCUAGCUGGUGGGAGUUCUCAGCCAGUUAACAAAGUGUCUCAGCCUGUUGGUAGAGGUGGUGGUGGUACUCCUGCUACACCUACUAUGCCAACCCGGUGUGCUAAGUGUGGUAGGAUGGGUCAUUUUGCUCGUGAGUGCCCUGAUAGUGAUGUGACUUGUUUCAAUUGCCGAGGUAAGGGCCACCUCAGUACCAGUUGCUUACAUCCGAGGAGGGAGAAGAUGAGUGGAAGUUUGAAUAACCAGAACGGACGACCAAAGACCACAGGGAGAGUGUUUGCUCUUAGUGGUGCUGAUGUCGCACAGUCUGAUGAUCUCAUUCAAGACAGUUUCUGA